GCAAGAUGUGAGACAAGGACACACUACCGUGAGGAGCCCUCUCGCCUGGACCGGUUUUAGUUUGUUAACGCUUUUAAGAAAAUAGCUACCCUAUACAUAACGGGAUAAAGCACAUUUUAGCUAAACAAAAAAAAUUUGGUGCACAGUCUAGUUUUAAGUACAAAGUCUUUGGUCAAAAUUGUGAGAUAACAUGUCAAAAUCAAAAUUUUCGUUCAUUCAUUCUUAAAGGUGUUUACUACAUAGCAUUUUGCUUGUAGUUCCUAAAAGUAAUUAAAAAAAUGCAUUUUAUUUAAAUAACCUAUUAAAAAUAGUUAUAAAUUUAGUAAAAUUGGUAAAUUAAUUUAAAAUAUCUUGAAACGAGACCAGGCGUUGACAGUUUAGUGAUAACAUCUGCUUACAUUUGGUCGUUUUAAACAUAGGGUAACUGUGUACAAUAUAGCUAAAUAUUGAAUGGAAUUCAUUAAGUUAUAUCAAUUAAAAUGGCAUUUUAUUCUUGUAAUAGAUACAGAUUAAUAGUUUUAUUACUCUUAGUUUUGAUUAUGUGGCAGUUCUUCAGACUUUUGCCUGAUAAACCUGUUACACAAAUUUCGGAGGCUGGAAUAGUGGAGUUGGAGGAUGACAAAUACAAUAAGCAUAAACAAGAUAAAGUUAAAGUGAGGGUUUACUAUGAAGCUCUUUGUCCUGACUCUAAACAUUUCUUUGUAAGACAUUUGGGCCCAGUGACUGAUAAACUGUCUGAAUUCUUAGAUGUAACUCUAGUACCCUAUGGCAAAGCUACUACCAAAGAAGAAAAUGGAAAGUAUUACUUUCAAUGUCAGCAUGGUGAAGAGGAGUGCUAUGCAAAUAGGAUCCAUGCUUGUGCAAUAGAGGCUGUGGCAAACAUGACAACUUCUGUCAAGAUUACAGAAUGCAUGAUCUCUGAUAAUAUGGAUGCUGAUGGUGCUCUUGCAAGGUGUGCAAAGGAAAUGAAGAUUGAACCGGACCCAAUCAGCUACUGUGCCAAGAAUGACCAUGGCUCAGCUCUCUUGAAGAAAUAUGGUGAUGAUACUCAUAUACUGAAACCAACAUUUAUACCGACAAUAACACUUAAUGGAUCAAGGGACAACCAACCUAAUAUUUUGAAAAAUUUCCUUCUAGAAGUAUGCAAAUUAAUUGAUAUGCCAUUACCACCUCCUUGUUUGUGACAAAAUAAAUUUUAUCGGCCAAAUAUGCACAAUAUUCUACAACAUUUUGAAUAAGGAGUAUUUUUUGUCAAUUAAAGCUCAAAUGUAAAUUGCUCAUAAUCCUUCCAUGAGAUUUUGAAUUCUCUAUCUUGCAGUGUAACUAAUAUGCAAUUAUGUUUUAAUUAGUCUCACUUUCAUCUAAUUGGUUUUAUAUUUGUUGUACCAUCGACUGAGGCAACUUUAUUUUUUAUUUUAAGGUAAUACUCUCUCAUUAAUUAGGUAUUUUAAUGAUAAAAAUUGGCAAUGGGUGUAUUAUGGGAACUAAAAAAGGCUAUUAAAGUAUUAAAUUUUAAAAAUAUGUAAUAAGAUGGUGAUGAUAUGUUUUAAAUUUAUUUUUGUUUGGUUUGUAUUUACCUAUUGUUAUGUAAGUUUUAAUGGGUUGUGUUUCCUAAACCUAGUGAGUCAUGGACGAACAAGAUAAUAUUAAUUUAUGCAUUUAAAAUGUUUCAAUUACUGGUUGCAUUUUGUGAUAACAAUAUCAAGCUGUUGUAUUUUUUUACCUAUUCAUUUACUUAUUUUUUUACUUACACUUUACAAAUCAGUCAGUUGGUAGAAAGUCUUGAUAUAAUAUAAACCAGUAACUAUAUUGCUUAUAUAUAAUUAAUAUUGAUGUAUUCUUUUAACUAGUGAAAAUGAUAUUUGAAACAUUAGGAUUAAGCAUGUAGGUUCACAUUUAACUUAAAAUGUCUAAUCACAAUGAAAUCUGGCAAUUUAUUAUUGUUUUUAUAAAAAGUUAUGUUGCAAUAAUUUAAUAUGUUAUAACCUAAUUAGUAUGCCUUAUCGUGUCAUCAAGCUAAUUGAUUUGGAAUGUUAUUAUUAUCAACAGUUAAUAUCAUAGGUUAUGUAAACAAACUCUGUAUUUCGAAAUAUGAAUCAUUUAAACAUGUUUAUUCCACAUGAAAUCUGCAGAGUUGGCUAAAUCUAUGGAUUUUUUUCUUUAGGCAUAUAAUAUUAUACCUAAUAUAUUAUAGCAUUUGUUAUGUGUAGAAGUUCCGCAUAGUAAUUUUUUCCUACAUAUUUUAUUGUAAGUUGGGUUUAGAACUGAAACUAGAAUUCCUAAAUUAUUUAUACAUAUAUUUGAUAUUAUAAUGUCGAAAAGACUACGUUUACGGAAGUAUUAAAUUAUAUUGUAUUACAUUUGUGUCUCACUUAUACUAUUGUGUGGAAGCAGACACAGUCUUGUGCGAAAGUAAAUUAAGAGGCUAAUGUAUUUUAUUUUGCCAGUUGAAUUAACAAUUGUAUAAACUCGAAGUAAGUACAUACUUUGUGAAACGUAAUGUAUUUAUGAGAAAUAAUAAAGUAGCGUUUUCCAGCCAAAAACAAUGGCCGGUAACAUUUCUUGGGUAUUUUGUUUUUGUCAAUGUAUAUGAAAUUUCUUAUGUUUACAUAAUAUUUAUAACAAAGAGUAAAAAGCAUUUUAUUUGCAUUUUGGUUGAGCUAUAAAUUUACUUAAGUUUCUUUAAAAUCAUGUUUCUAAUUUAGACUUACAUAAUAUGCUUCAGCACACUCGACGUUGGUAUAAGCACGUCUAUUUUAUCUUUGCUUAGGUAUAUAUAUACAUUCGGUUUGCUCUAACUUUAAUAAUAAUUACGUGAUUUGUACUUAUAUGUAAAAGUUUCCUAUUUCAAAACUGUAUAUUAUUUUUUGUUUCAUUUGUUGUUUACUAGCUAUGAUAAUAGCAAUGAAAAUUUUCUGAAGUUAGAAUUUUUUCAAAAGUAAAAUUUUUGCUAUAGUGCCAACAUAAAUUUCUACUGUUUUGUUAUCAGGAAAAUAGGUACUAGAACUUAGAUUUUAAAAUUUUAAUUGAUGGAAAUCGUAGUGUUGAAUAUAACUUAGUUGUUAGGUACUAUGUAUUGUUGAUCGUAGGAAGAUAAAAAACAUAGUAGUAGAUAUUUAUUUAAAUUCAGCGCCGGUGUAAUCCAGUUUGCGUCCUCUCCCGUUUGCUCAUUGCACAGAUACCAAUUGCACCAUAUACCUAUCCUAUACUAACUGUUAGUGCAAACUAAAUAUGAAACAUGAAGAUCUCGACCAUACUCUGAAGUGACCAAUUGAGAUUAGGCGCAAUACCGUCUGCAAAUAACUAGAAUUUUAGAAAAUUGAUAACUUCUACAAUCCUUAAAAAUAUCUUAGAUCUUCUAAAUCAUACUCCCGGUUACACUGGACAUUAGGCGCUCUCUAGUAUUUGGCUCCGGAGCGACUGCUUGCCGUAUGAGCGGGCCGGCCUGGUUUAUAUUAUAUAAUACAAAGCGGUGGCUUUGCAUCGUAUUGUCACAUAAAAUAAUAGGUAUAUUAUGUAUCCAUUUCAUCAGAUUAUUGAUAUCUCUGAAAGAUUAUGUAGGUAGUCAUAUAUAUAAUUUACCCAAUAAGUAAUGGAAAACUUAUAUAAUUAAUUAAUUAUACGUAAUUAUCUUUGUUUUCUCAAUAUUAACUUAAUAUUAUAAUUUGGUUGCUAAGCAUCAAAGGUAAUUUGUCAGCGAAUUUCAGGGAUGAUGACCGGUAAAGCUUUUUCAAAAAAUAAAACAAUAAAAACUUUUAGUAAGUAGAUACCUGUGUGAACAAAAUGAUGAUUCCAUUGAUUGAUUUCAUUUUAUGCCUAGUUGUAGUGUUUUUACGAGAAAAUGAGUGCUAUAUUUGACGUAAAAAAAAUAUGACAAUUAUUAUUAAGUAUCCCUUAAAAUUUAUUAACAAAAUUAUUAGAUCGUACAUAAUAUCUAGUACCUACCUACGAAUUUGACUAGUUAUCAUCCCUAUAAUAUUUAUUCAUAAUAGUU